AUGGCUCCCAUCAUGGAUGCACUCCCAAUCGUCGAGGACAAGCCAACGGCUGCUGUCACUGACUUCUCGGUCUCCAGUCCUCAAGAUGGAGCUGUUGUUGCGCCACCUACCACAGUCUACCAGACCGGUGCCACCAAGUUGAAGAACAUGCUCAGAGACUCGAAUGAGUUGAUUGUUUGUCCCGGUGUCUAUGAUGGAAUCUCAACCCGAGUUGCCCUUCAAGUUGGCUUCCCAGCUCUUUACAUGACCGGAGCAGGCACUACUGCUUCCCGCCUUGGAAUGGCAGAUCUCGGCAUUGCUCAUCUUUCCGACAUGAAGGACCACGCUGAGAUGAUUGCAAACCUCGACCCUUUUGGACCACCCUUGAUUGCUGAUAUGGACACCGGAUACGGUGGACCUCUCAUUGUUGACAAAGCCGUCAAGGCCUACAUCAGAGCCGGUGUUGCUGGAUUCCAUAUCGAAGAUCAAAUUCAAAACAAGCGUUGUGGCCAUCUUGCAGGCAAGAAGGUUGUCCCUGAAGAAGAGUACUACAUGAGAAUUCGUGCCGCCAAGGGUGCCAAAGAUGCCAUGAAAUCCGAUAUUGUGUUGAUUGCACGCACAGAUGCGCUCCAACAACUUGGUUAUGAUGAGUGCGUCAAACGUUUGAAGGUUGCUCGUGAGCUUGGUGCAGAUGUUGGCUUGCUCGAGGGUUACACUUCAAAGGAGAUGGCUGCAAAGACUGUUAAGGAGUUCGCCCCAUGGCCAAUACUUUUGAACAUGGUCGAGAACGGCGCUACUCCUAUCAUCACCACCAAGGAGGCACAAGAGAUGGGAUUCCGUAUCAUGAUCUUCUCCUUCGCUGCUCUCGCCCCAGCCAUGUUGGCUAUCCAAGAGACUUUCGUGCGUUUGAAGAACGAGGGUGUCGUAGGAACUCCAAAGAACGUUACACCAAGGGCCUUGUUUGAGGUAUGCGGUCUGCAAGAGAGUAUUGUUAUUGAUACUGCGGCUGGUGGUGGGGCUUUCGCCGAUGGUGUUUAA